AUGGAGGGAAAAGUUAUCUCCACAAACUUUGUAGAAUCUGCUGUUGUUAAUGCACCAGUCUCGGCUAUAUGGCCAUUUAUAAAACUAAAGGAGUUUGGCAAAUUUUACUCAGCUAUUCAAAAAGUCGAAACUAUUCCUGGCGAAAGAGAAACUGUAAAAUGGUAUUUUGAAAAUGACACCAUUCUAACGCUUCAAGAGGAGGAAUAUUCGACAGUAAAAAAAUCCAUGUCAUUUAAUAUUAUAAAAUGCGAGCCAUGGGGGCUUCCAUACACCGGCGCAUUAAGCACGCUUCGUCUUUACCCUAUUACAAGUGGUGACGCCAAAGGCAAGACAUAUGUGGAAUGGAGAGGUCAAUAUUCUAGCGACGCUACGGCUGAUAUUAUUGAAGAUGCAAAGCUAAAACGCCGUGAGGGGCUUGCCGAUCUGGCUAAGUACUUUGAGAACAAAUCUAUCUAA